AAAAAAAAAAAAAUUUUUUUUUUAAAAAUGAAUACUUUUCAAUCUCAAGGUUACAUUCCAACCGCAAAAUUUCUUUCAGUUAGUGAUAAGGAUAUGAAAGAAAUGAUUGACCACAUACUUGAACAACAAAAAAAUCGAUCGGAUCGGAUUUUGAUGGUUGGACAAAUCGGUGAUUUUAUUCCAUUUUAUGAACUUGCCUUUAAAGUUAUUCAGAAUGUAUUGGAAUAUAUUAGCGAAAAAGAAUCAAUUCAUGAACAACUUAUGGAACGAAAAAUUGAUCGUGCGAUAACAAAACAUGCUAUGAAUACAAUGAUAGCUGAAAUAAAUGUUAUUGAAAAUCAUAUUAAACGUAUGGGGGACAUUAACCUUACUUUAAAAGAACGAAAAAUUGAAGUACCUUACGUAUUAGGUUCUUGUCUUAAGAUUUUAAACGAGUUCAAUAAUAAACAACAUAUUUAUUAUAUGCAUCCUCUUAUUACUUCCCCUUUCUUAAUUGCUUUCUCUCAGAUAUAUAUUACUGCUUGUACAUAUGGAAUUGAACUUAUUCCUUCAUAUGAAGAAAGAGUUGAAAAGGAAAAGAAAUUAUUAAAAGAAGUUAUUGAAGAAUAUAAAACGAAUACCAUUAAAGAAAGACUCGAAAUGAUUAAAGUUGUUCAUAUGUUAAAACUUCCACAUUAUGAAGGUGAUAUUAAAGAUAAUAUGAUUGAAUUAAUAAAUCCUGCGAAUAUUGGAAAUAUUCUUAAUAAUUUGAAAAAAGAUACGGAACUUUUAUCAUUACAUGAAGUAGAUAUUGUUAAGGAUGGUUUUGGUUUUGAUAGUAAACCUAAUGAAUUACAUUAUUGGGAUCGUACAUUUUGGGAUCAAAAACAACAAUGUUCGAAUAAUUAUGAUUAUUCAAUAGUAGUAAAAAUUGCAUACGAGCAAUAUUUUGAUGAAGUUCUUUCUUCCAUUUAUUAGAUAAUUUAGCGAGUUUUACGACGUGUAGAUAUUUUGACCUUAUAGUAUUUUCUUUUCAUUUUGUUUUUUACACUAGAUUACAAAUAAGAGAUAAUUAUUAUUUGUAUAAUAGUAUAUAAAAAGUAUUUAGAUGUUUACUGUGAUAUUUAAAAUAUAUCAGUCCAUAAAUAAUAGAGGAAGACAAGGAUUAUUUUCAUUCAUGACCGCAUUCCAAUUAUUUUUCGCAUAGUUCUGUACAUUUUGAUAACUUACAAUAUUAUUUACUUUAAAUAAAUCAUUUACUAAAUAUUAUAUAUUUUUCAUUCUUAAAACAUCAUGCAAUGUCACGAUGAUCAAAAUAUGUGCAAGAUAUCUUUCAUUAACAAAAUAGAUAUUUUUUAACGUUCUUGUCAUGCUCAAAUUUAAAAUAAUACUGUAUAUAUAAAAUUUGUUUAAUAAAAACAUGGAUAAAAAAAUUAAAAGGA